GCAGGCAGAGGCCCUGAAGGCUGACAUGACAGGUAUGUUUCACACCUCACCUUUGGGGUUCCUCCUUUGUUUUAACCCACAACCCCUUAUUACUAGAUGCUAUGCAUUGCAGACAAUAUUAUUUUUGCUGAUAUUAUGGUCUCUUAUUCAUUUGGAAAUUUCUGAUCUUUGUUUUUUCUUUUCUGUAAUGUUUUGGAAGUUGAUAAUUCCCAGACCUGGGACAGACAUUGCAUAUUCAUUUUUGAUGACAGCUUUGCACACUCUUGACAUUCUCUCAACCCAGCUUCACCUGGAAUGCGCGACAGCGCCAUAAAUACUGUUGAUGUUCUGUGGUGGUCGCUGCAGCAGGGAGCAUAUAGUUGAUUUGAUUAAAACACAUAGGAUUGUUUAAAUAUGGAAAAAUACACAUUUUCAAAUUUGGACCAAUCGAUUGGUCGAAAGAACAGACGACUCGGUCAACCAAUAUUUUGUUGUUGUUGGGGACAGCCCUAAUAUCUAUGAAUAGGCCUAGUUUCACUUGGUUGAAAAUCAAAUGUUGGGGGUCUAUUUGAUGAAGGAUGUUUUGCCCUUAGAAAUAUAAUCUCAUUGUAGUGGUUUAGCCUACUUGAUAAUGAGAGAUGUAAUGGCGCUGGAAUGUAUAGUGGCUCCAGACCAAUUCAGCUAUUAUUUUUUUUUUUUUGCGUUGAUCUGACAAAUUCUGCUUUUUUUAUGUAACUUUUUUUCCUAUUACUGAAAAUAGCUUCUGUACAUCAGAACAGCGAUCACUAACCUCAAUUUGGAUUACUUCAACUAGUCGGUUGCACAGGACAUACGGCUCAGACCAGGCCCUAAUCCCCAACACUCGGUAGAGAAAGAGACUGCGAUAGAGAGGCCGACGUUCGGGCACCCUGAUGAAGCUACGUGGCGAGUAAAUAAACCCCCUCCACCCUUUGUUCUAUUGGUGAAUGUACGUCACUGGAGAUCAAACUGGACGAGCUCCAUACGAGACAAUACUAUCAAUGGGACCUGAAGAACUGUAAUAUCCUAUGCUGGCACAAAGAACACACUCAACGAGCUGUAUAGGGUCAGAAGAAAACAAGAAAAUGCUCAUCCAGAGGUGGUGCUCCUAGUGGCCGGUGAUUUUAAUGCAGGAAAACUAAAAUCCAUCUUACCUAAUUUUUACCAGCAUGUCACCUGUGCAACUAGAGGCGCAAAAACUCUAGAUCACAUUUACUCCACACACAGAGACGCAUACAAAGCUCUCCCGCGCCCUCCAUUUGGCAAAUCUGACCAUUACUCUAUCCUCCUGAUUCCUGCUUACAAGUAAAAACUCAAACAGGAAUUACCAGUGACCCGCUCAUUAGCGGAUGCUAAGCUACAGGACUGUUUCGCUAGCACAGACUGGAAUAUGUUCCGGAACUCAUUUGAUGGCAUUGAGGAGUUUACCCCAUCAGUCACCAGCUUCAUUAAUAAGUGCAAUAAGCCGUCCCCACAAUGACCGUACGUACAUUCCCCAACCAGAAACCUUAGAUUACAGGCAACAUCCGCACUAAGCUAAAGGCUAGAGCUGCCGCUUUCAAGGAGUGGUCCACUAACCCAGACGCUUAUAAGAAAUCCUGCUACGCCCAUCAAACAGGCAAAGCAUCAAUACAGGACUAAGAUCGAAUCCUACUAAACCGGCUCUGGCACUCGUCAAAUGUGGCAGGGCUCGCAAACUAUCACGGAUUACAAAGGGAAACCCAACCGCUAGCUGCCCAGUGACGUGAGCCUACCAGACGAGCUAAAUGCCUUCUAUGCUCGCUUCGAGGCAAGCAACGCUGAGCCAUGCCUGAGAGCACCAGCUGUUAUGGACGACUGUGACCACGCUCUCCGUAGCUGAUGUGAGUAAGACCUUUUUUAAACAGGUCAACAUUCACAAGGCCGCAGGGCCAGAUGUAUUACCAAGACGCGUACUCGGAGCAUGCGCUGACCAGCUGGCAAGUGUCUUCACUGGCAUUUUCAACCUCUCCCUGACCCAGUCUGUAAUACCAGUUUCAAGCAGACCACCAUACUCUCUGUGCCCAAGAACAUUAAGGCAACCUGUCUAAUUGACUAUCGCCCCGUAGCACUCAGUGAAAUGCUUUGAAAGGCUGGUCAUGGCUCACAUCAACACCAUCAUGGGCGGCAGGUAGCCUAGUGGGUAAGAGCGUUGUGCCAGUAACCGAAAGGUCGCUGGUUCUAAUCCCCGAGCCGACUAGGUGAAAAAUCUGUCGAUGUGCCCUUGAGCAAGGCACUUAACCCUAAUUGCUCCUGUAAGUCGCUCUGGAUAAGAGCGUCUGCCAAAUAACCAAUUAUUAUUAUAUUAUUAUUAUUAUCAUCCUAGACACCUUGGACCCACUCCAAUUCGCAUACCGCCCCAACAGAUUCAUAGAUGACGCAAUCUCUAUUGCACUCCACCCUGCCCUGUCCCAUUUGGACAAAAGGAACACCUACUAGGGUUGGGAGAUAUUACGAUAUAUUUGGAAAUCAACGAUGUUUGACAGGUAUCGUCAAUGGCGACGGCAUCCUUAUGUGACAGAUGAUAGUUUAUAUAUAUUUGUAUUUUUUACAGGCGAUAGUUAAAACAAUUUUAACAUGUCUGGAGUCGGGUGACAUGCCAAAUGACCUACCUAUUCCUAUUUGCCUUUUUCAAUAAAUAUGUGGUAGGUAAGUAGACUACUUAGCCUACUAUUAACAUAAUACAAGUGUAGGCCUACAAUGUAGAUUGUAGACAGAGUGGAAAGUGGCAAAAGCUGUGCAUAAUGUCAGAACAUUUCUCUCGCUCACCUGCCCAAUGUCAGAUGAUCAUUUGCCUUUUGCAGCGGACACUCAGUUGUCUGGCUUGCAAUGAAGAACCAUUCAGACUAUUUUUAUUUUCAUUAUAUGUUAACCUAUCUAAAGGUUUCUGGCAAGGAACACAAGCAUGUUCACCUUUUCUGGCUUUAAUAGACUGCGGAGUGGGGUAACAAUAUUGCCUACUGAAAACGCAUUCAGACGGAACGCUUUUUACACAGAUGCAUUUGACGGCGAUGUUGGCCAAGAGUGGAAAGCGACCCUCAUUCCCUCUCCACCAUGCCAGUGGGUCAUCAUCUCCUCUGAUUACAUCUUCGAGUAGGUAGGAUGUGAGUUCUGCGCUGGCCCGCUGUUGCGCGCUGAGUGUGACUGUUUGCUUAGCUUUCCCAAGAAGACUGCCCAGUGAUGUCUUCUAUGGUGAACAUGCGCACUUGAUCUCAGUUGAAAUUGUCCAAAAUCACCAUUGAAAGGGUCUCUUAUCACACUGUUGGCCUACAAUGUUUGGUUCCAAAUCACCAUUCCAAGUUAUCGGUACCACAUAUCACCAUAUGAUAGGUUUAUAUUUAUUUAUUUAUUUGCACACAAGGAAAUACAAUAUUGUUAACAUGAUUUCCACAUUGUAGUCUAAUGAUUAGACUCUGAUCAGAUCGUUUACUGCGUUGCUAACUCGCUCCAGCCCCGGGUAAAAGAUGUAUGAUACAAUCGUAUAUCAACAAUGUUUGGACAGGUCGAUGGGACGAGUUGUCAUUCCAGACAUCGUCCAACCCUAUCACCUACGUGAGAAUGCUGCUUUUGAACCCUGGAACUGAACACCUUAGUGAUGCGUGGGUUGACCCGCAGUCCCCGCAGUUAUAUCCAUGGAUGCAAAAAGGACAUGUCUCUGUAUUGUUAAGUUUAAUUCAAUAAGAGAAUAACUGCGAAAUGGAAAGUUGAAAAUAAGGAGAAGAGAGGGCCAGAAAAGUAAUGUUUGUGAAAGAUUUUGGUGAAGUGGUAAAAGAGGAUGAUAGCAGUGCCGGCUAUGUUAUGUGUGAUGGUUGAGAGGCGCUAUACAAAUUUGACAGUCACAAAACGGGGAUUUCAAAUAGACCCAUGCCACAUCAAGGGAACUCUAGCCUACUGUUCAGAUGGUUAAAUGGAAACUGAAGGUCUAUAACCUUUCACAUAGCCUUAAUAUUAACUCCUGCAGAAUUAAGCAUUUCUUUCAGUAAAAUGAUGAAUCAUUACUGUAUGCAGGCACAAUUUUGACUCGUGUGGAGACAUGAUUUCUUUCAGCAUUUUGAGAGAAUGCGAAUGCAGUUAGAUACUGCCUGUAGAGUUGCUAUCUUUAUCAGCAUCAAAAGCUGAUAGUAUUUUUCAACCAGAUAAAAUAUGCAUCCAAGCCAAACUGAAAUCUUAUCAGAAACAUAUUGUCUUGUUUUCACAGCUUUCUAUUUCCUUACAAAAGGUCAAACUGAUUUUGCACAGAAAAUUGUAAUUAAAUUUUUUUGUUAUUUGCAUUUUCUCGCCGGUCGCUAAACAUCUUUGCUCCACGAAAGAAGCAGAGAUGAUGGAGGGAACUUUACAAAAGUUAACUAGAUUAAAGCAUAAAUUCUGUUGAUUUAUGAGUUUAGUAGGUUGGGUUCUAGUACGAGCGUCAGAUUUUCCCUUUAUCACAUAAAGUUGGGCGAUUGCGGCUAGGUUAUUAGCAAUUGUGGGCAGGUGCGGGUGAACAAACAGCUGACCCGCACACCACUAGAACAACACCUGCUUCAACUGGAUUCUGGACUUCCUGUCGGGACGGCCCCAGGUGGUGAGGGUAGGCAACAACACAUCCGCCACGCUGACUCUCAACACGGGAGCCCCUCGGGUGCAUGCUUAGUCCCCUCCUGUACUCCCUGUUCACCCAUGACUGCGUGGCCGCACACGACUCCAACACCGUCAUUAAGUUUGCCGACGACACAACGGUGGUAGGCCUGACCACUGACGACGAUAAAACGGCCUAUUGGGAGGAGGUCAGAGACCUGGCAGUGUGGUACCAGGAUAACAACCUCUCCCUCAACGUCAGCAAGACAAAUGAGCUGAUCGUGGACUACAGGAAAUGGAGGGCCGAGCACGCCCCCAUUCACAUCAGCGGGGCUGUAGUGGAGCGGGGCGAGAGCUUCAUGUUCCUCGAUGUCCUCAUCGCUAAAGAUCUAUCAUGGUCCAAACACACCAACACAGUCGCGAAGAGGGCACGACAACUCCUCUUCCCCCUCAGGAGGCUGAAAAGAUUUGUCAUGGGCCCUCAGAAUGGGCCUUGAGGCUCAGAUCCUCAAGUUCUACAGCUGCACAAUUGAGCAUCUUGACUGGCUGCAUCACCGCUUGGUAUGGCAACUGCUUGGCAUCCGACCGCAAGGCGCUACAAAGGGUAGUGCGUACAGCCCAGUACAUCACUGGGGCCGCACUCCUUGCCAUCCAGGUCCUCUAUAGCAGGCGGUGUCAGACUCCAGCCACCGAAGUCAGGCUGUUCUAUCUGCUACCGCAUGGCAAGCGGAACGGAUGCACCAAGUCUGGAACCAACAGGACACUGAACAGCUUCUAUCCACAAGCCAUAAGACUGCUAAAUAGUUCGUUGGGGUAGCUAUUUGGUUAACUAUCUAACUAUUUGCAUUGACACUUUUUGCCAAAACUUUUUUGACUCAUCACAUACACUGCUGCUACUGUUUACUAUCUGUCACUUUAUUCCUAUUUAUAGGUACACACUGUAUCUACCUCAAUUACUUUGUACCCCUGCACAUAGACUCGGUACUGGUACCCCUUGUAUAUAGCCAAGUUAUCGUUACUGAUUGUGUAUCUUUUGUUACGUGUUUUACUUUUCUAUUAUUUUAUUUCUCUGCAACAGGUCUGGACUAGCAUUUCACUACUAGUCCACACCUGUCGUUUACGAAGCACGUGACGAAUAAAAUGUGAUUUGAUUUAAUCCAUUAGAAGUGUAUAAAAGAUAAGUGAGAGGAGUGCCCAUAAUGUCCUCCUUUCCCCUAGAUUCUAAGCUUGGUGCAGCAGAGGUCUGGACUUCAAGGCAGGCUCUUCAGGACUUGUACCAGAAGAUGCUGGUGACUGACCUGGAGUAUGCUUUGGACAAGAAAGUGGAGCAAGAUCUGUAAGCCCCAGUCUACUUUAAAUUGGUUAUGUAAUGAAACCGAUUAGGCAGCCUACUACUAUCGCUACUCUUGUUAGGUCUAGGGAUCUUAGCCUCCCUUCCUAACAAUAAGAUGGUCCUAAUUUUAUAACGGAAAAAAAUGUUUUGGUGUCUUCUUUCUGAAAUUCAUCUCGAAGGUCACUGAAGUAUGUUGUGUUACGUAUUCCUGUUGAGUCAUUUGACCCAUUUGCCCUUACAUCAAAACCCUCUUUAGUCCAGUAGUUAUCACUCUAGUUGAAUGACCGUAUAACUGGAUUUUACAUUUGUAAGAUUGCAAGACGACUGUAAAGAAAGUAGAUUAGUAAUAACCAGAAGUGUGGACUCAAGUCACAAUUUGGACUUGAGUCACACAUUUGAUGACUUGAGACUACUUGAUAUAAAAUAACUUAACAUCGUACACAACAUUGACUUGAGACCAAUGUUCCCUCUAACCUGUGCGCAGCUCACCCGGGACUGCUGCGCGAAGAAAUAUUAGCCCCCGCAGAGGAGCACAAGAUUGAACUUCACUAAACUUUUCUAGAGUUUUCCCUGUUAACACUAUAAACAUUUCCCUUUACUGUUGGAAUUCUGAUCGAAUCAACGCAAUAUUAGCCACUUUCAAGGCAACAUACCGAAAAAAUACGAGCUAUGCAAAACUAUUGACAGGCAUGACUCAGGCCCGUACUCUACACAGACCAGUGCGCCAUAACCAAUCAGUGCUGCAGUAGGCCUAUAUGCAAAUUGACCAUUGCCAUACAGUGCAUUCGGAAAGUAUUCAGACCCUUUCCCUUUUUCCACAUUUUGUUACGUUACAGCCUUAUUCUAAAAUGGAUUAAAUAAAAACAAUGUCCUCAUCAAUCUACACACAAUAUCCCAUAAUGACAAAGCGAAAACAGUAUUUUUUUGUGUGUGCAAAUUUAUUAAAAAUAAAAACAGAAAUACCUUAUUUACAUAAUUAUUCAGACCCUUUGCUAUGAGACUCAAAAUUGAGCUCAGGUGCAUCCUGUUUCCAUUGAUUAUCCUUGAGAUGUUUCUACAACUUGGAGUCCACUUGUGGUAAAUUCAAUUAAUUGGACAUGAUUUGGAAAGGCACACACCUGUCUAAUAUAAGGUCCCACAGUUGACAGUGCAUGUCAGAGCAAAAUGCAAGCCAUGAGGUCGAAGGAAUUGUCCGUAGAGCUGCGAGACAGGAUUGUGUCGGCACAGAUCUGGGAAAGGGUACCAAAACAUUUCUACAGCAUUGAAGGUCCCCAAGAACACAGUGGCCUCCAUCAUUCUUAAAUGGAAGAUGUUUGGAACCACCAAGACUCUUCCUACAGCUGGCCGCCCGGCCAAACUGCGCAAUCGGGGGAGAAGGGCCUUGGUCAUGGAGUUGACCAAGAACCUGAUGGUCACUCUGACAGAGCUCCAGAGUUCCUCUGUGGAGAUGGGAGAACCUUCCAGAAGGACAACAAUCUCUGCAGCACUCCACCAAUCAGGCCUUUAUGGUAGAGUGGCCAGACGGAAGCCACUCCUCAGUAAAUGGAACAUGACAGCCCGCUUGGCACCUAAAGGACUCUGACCAUGAGAAACAAGAUUCUCUGGUCGUAUGAAACCAAUAUUGAACUCUUUGGCCUGAAUGCCAAGGAUCUGGAGGAAACCUGGCACCAUCCCUACUGUGAAGCAUGGUGGUGGCAGCCUCAUGCUGUGGCGAUGUUUUUCAGGGCAGGGACUGGGAGACUAAUCAGGAUCUAGGGAAAGCUGAACAGAGCAAAGUACAGAGAUCCUUGAUGAAAACCUGCUCCAGAGCGCUCAGGACCUCAGACUGGGGCGAAGGUUCACCUUCCAACAGGACAACGCAGGAGUGGCUUUGGGACAAGUCUCUGAAUGUCCUUGAGUGGCCCAGCCAGAGCCCGGACUUGAACCCGAUCGAACAUCUCUGGAGAGACCUGAAAAUAGCUGUAAUAGUGAUGCUCCCCAUCCAACCUGACAGAGCUUGAGAGGAUCUGCAGAGAAGAAUGGGAGAAACUCCCCAAAUACAGGUGUGCCAAGCUUGUAGCAUCAUACCCAAGAAGACUCUAGGCUGUAAGGCUGCCAAAGGUGUUUCAACAAAGUACUGAGUAAACGGUCUGAAUACUUAUGUAAUAUUUAUGUUUUUAUUUAUUUAUACAUUUCUAAAAUUUCUAAAAACCUGUUUUUGCUUUGUCAUUGUGGGGUAUUGUGUGUAGAUUGAUGAGUGAAAAAAAAACAAAUUAAUCAAUUUUAGAAUAAGGCUGUAACGUAACAAAAUGUAGAAAAAGUCAAGUGGUCUGAGUACUUUCCGAAUGCACUGUACAUACCAUUUUUAUUUUAUAUUUAUACCUUUGCGUAUUUUAUCAGGUUUCUAGCGUAGGCCUACGGUAUUGCAUCAAAUUAUUGUAUAAAAAACCUCUAAUUUUCAGUACCAAAAAAUUGCAAGUCUUGAUUGUUGACCAAUGACCAUUCAUCAGCGUUAGCGUGCAAAGGCAAGUGCGCAUAUCCAGAUUAGUCUCCAGAAAGCAUUUGUUUUAUUUUCUCUGGUUUUGCUUGUCAAAAACAGAGGAGGCCUACGUUUGUAUUAUCCAUUUAAACGUUAUAUAAAAGUUUGCAAUCCACUACAGACACUUCUUUGCCAGAACAGUAACGUUAGGCUACCUGCCAAUUUCAUUGAUCAUUUUCAUAUAGCCAGGUGGCUACUGACUAUGUCUGAAGAUAGUUGUAACAUUGCACUGCCUUCAAUAUUAUGGGAUGAAUAUGUUACAUUCUGGUGAAUUUAUUAAGAUAUUGUUGAGGAAGAAAGGGGCUACCCGGGGGAGGGGUCAAAGUUUGAGAAUCACUGAGCUAGCGAACAGAUUGCUGAUUUGCUGUACAGCUAUAAGAUCGAGUGCAGUGGUAUUGUCAGAUGGUAAGGAGAGAGGAUUGCCAUAAAUAUGCAGCUCGAAAAAUUGUUUGCUGAUCAAGAAUGUUAAAUGUUUACUUUGCAGUCUCUCCAGAAAUGGGUCAUCAAGCAACAAUUACUGCUAGCAUAGGCCUACUGGUCUUUUGGUAUGGAAUUGCUUGAAAUGGAUUUACUUAUGCAUUUGGAAUUUGUUGUUAAAAUUAUUACAUAAUCAAAAUAUUUUGUAGACAAUAAUGAAAAGGGCUGUCUGGUAGCCUCAAUAAAUAGCCCAAUAUUUGUAUUUUAACAAGUCAUUGCAUGUAUAUAUAUUUAUUUUACUUGACUUGACUUGAAAAAACUUGUGACUGGACUUGACUUGCUCUACUUGGGACUCAACUUGAGACUUGGACCUUGUGACUUAAGACUUGCUUGUGACUCGAAUGAUAGUGACUUGGUCCCACCUCUGGUAAUAAAUGUGGAGUGAAUCAAUUUGCUCUCAAGCACAAUACAACUAUUGUAUUGUUGGAAUUAGAUGGAUUACCAUCAGCCGUUUGAUUAAACUCUGAAACAAGAAAGUAUACUUUGAUUUUCUCACCUCAUUUUUCAGCUGGAACCAUGCUUUUAAGAAUCAAAUAACAACACUACAGAGUCAAGCCAAGAACAGAGCCAACCCCAAUAGAAGUGAGGUGCAGGCCAAUCUGUCCCUGUUUCUCGAGGCAGCUAGUGGAUUUUACACACAAGUAAGUUGCAACUAGAAUAUAGCCUAACGUUUUUGAAAAAUCUUAGGUUUUGGCCAAACCUUAUUUUCCAGCUCGGCAGAUAUAGGUCUAGAAUGUAUUAAGCAAGCAGUUAAUCAUAUUGACAUAAGUAUGUUCAUCAGAAAUUCAAAUGAUGCUUGAAAUGAUGUUUGAAUCUCUCAAACGUCGAAAUGACGGAUAAAGCAAAACGCAUCAACUAUUAGUAACUUGACUUGAUCCUUUCCUCUAACAGUUACUACAGGAGCUGUGUACUGUGUUCAACGUGGACUUGCCAUGCCGUGUGAAAUCAUCUCAGCUUGGAAUUAUCAGCAAUAAACAGACCAACCCCAGCACCAUUGUAAAACCCCAACCCAGCUCUUGCUCUUAUAUCUGCCAGCAUUGUCUUGUCCACCUUGGAGACAUUGGUGAGUGUUUUCGCACUCUCACUACAAAAUAAUAUCACUGGGCAGAUCAUUUUGAGGUCAAUAUUUUUAUCAGGCACCCAAGCAGUGCUUUGAGCGGUUUUGCUUAUCUGCUUUCCCCCCCUUCAAGCACGAUAUCGUAACCAAACCAGCCAGGCAGAGUCCUAUUACAGACACGCUGCUCAACUUGUCCCCUCAAAUGGUAAGUACUUACAAAAGUUUUCAUGUACAGUAUUUGUUUACCUGUACACAGAGCAUCAAUGUACUUCUUUGCAACUUCCAAAACUUCACCUGACAAGAAAAUAAUUUCAGGAUAUUAAAUCUUCUGUCAACCUGUUAAUUUCACUGAUGUCCCAAUGUCUCUCUCCUCUCCAACAGGUCAGCCUUACAAUCAGCUGGCCAUCCUGGCCUCCUCUAAAGGGGACCACCUCACAACGAUAUUCUACUACUGCAGGAGCAUCGCCGUCAAGUUCCCAUUCCCUGCAGCCUCCACCAACCUGCAGAAAGCUCUCGCUAAAGCUAUUGAAAGGUAUUGUUGAGUGUGUUUAUUGUAGCCUAAUUUCAACCGCUCUUUUCAAAAGGUGUUAUGCUUAGCUGUAUCUAUUUUCCCACAUUUAUCAAACAUCAUUUGGGAAGGGACUAAUGAGCAGUUUGAUUUCCUUCUUAACAGGUGUUGAUGUCACCCAGCUGGUUUAGAGUAGGGAUGAGCAUUUGGAAUGUUUUGACUGUUCGAGUACUUGCAGAAUGUUUUUCAGAGCACUCGAAUUAAAAUAAAAAAAUCUAGUUUUAGAAUACAAGGCCCACACUCUGAAAAAAUGUGCGCAGUUAUCUAUAUUCCAACAGUGCGCAACAAUGCUUAAUUUAUCAUAACAAUUACAGAUAACAAAUCCUAAUUGCUAAAUUGCCCCAUUAUAUAUUCAUUAAAUAAAACAACUAGUGCCAUUUAAAGGAAAACUCCACCCAAAAACAAUAUUUUGGUAUUUGUUUCAUUAGUCCGUUGUUGAUAUAGUCCCAACAUGUUUUGUAUGUCACCAAUCAAGUUUUCAAGAUAUGUAACUUUCAAAAUGCAGAAUUCUGUAUUUUGAAAGUCGCAUAUAUCUUGAAAACUUGAUUGCUAACAUGCAAAACAUUUACAACCAACUGGUUGUAUUAUAUCAUGGAACACAAUCUUCAAAAAGGCAGUAACCUCAGCAGUGGUGCUUGCUUGUAGAAGCCUAUGGCUGUGCAAUGGCAAUACCUUGUGUUAAUUUAGCAUACAAAACGGUCUUAUUUCCCGAGCCCUUAUCACAGUCAAGAUACACCUAUGUUAUAGUAAAAAAUAUAACCAAAUAUUUUUCGAGGUUAAAAAAAGUUGCCAGUGUGAAGUGUUGCACAUCUCGUGUCUGGAACAGUUCUUAAAAGAGUGAUCAUUUGAAAUGAGUUGAUAUACCAUUUUCUCAGGGUUACAAACCAAAAUCAGUCUUUUCGAUAUACAGACGUUCGAUUUAGUUUAUUCUGCCUGUUCUUUUGAAUUUUCUAAAUGGAUUAACAAUUCCAUGUUGAACACUGUAUGGUGAUAAAUUACGGCCAUGACAUCAGUUUGGCGAGUAGGCCUAGCCUUAAUGAUUCUGAUGAAAAUACGCUCUGUCUUUAUCAAACUGUUUUUGCAUAUUUUCAGUGUGGAACCUGUAUAUGUUUAGGGGGGGUACUACCAGUUAGCAAAGUAUCCUAAGCAAAAACAAAACUGCAGCUCGUUGUUGGAACACAUAGUUUCCUACAUCAAUCAACCAGUCCAUUUUGAAUUUGUGAUAAAACUAACGUCAUUUGGCAAGAAAUGUAGCUUGUGUAUCCCAUCAGUUAGAUACGUUUUCAUAGGCAUUUAUUUCUGCAAGACUAACGGGAGCUUGUGCGUGCACUUGGCACGCGUGUGUAGAGGGAGUGGUCGGAACGCAAUUGAGUGAGGGAGACACUGAGGGGAAAGGGAAUUUAGGUAGAAGAACUGUGUGAUGAUUGUUUAUUUUUUGUUGUGCCCCGCACAUGCACACACACAAAUGGAACACUAUAGUCAAAGCAAAUUAACGUUGUCGUCAAGACAUUUGGGCAGCCACAGCACAUUCCACCAAAUAGUUUUACAGUAUUAGAUUUUUAAAAAAUCUCUGGGUAAUCUCUACGGGAUCGGUGUCCCGUAUACGGGAUGGUUGAACUAACGUGCGCUAAUGUGAUUAGCAUGACUGUAAGUAACAGCAAACUUUCCAGGACAUAGACAUGUCUUAUAUUGGCAGAAAGCUUAAAAUCUUGUUAAUCUAACUGCACUGUCCAAUUUACAGUAGCAGUAGCUAUUACAGUGAAAAAAUACCAUGCUAUUGUUUGAGGAGAGUGCACAACAACAGAACUUAUCACGGCAACUGGUUUGAUACAUUCACCUCUGAAGGUAAAUAAUGUACUUACAUUCAGUAAUCUUGCUCUGAUUUGUCAUCCUAAGGGUCCCAGAGUUAAAAUGUAGCAUAGUUUUGUUUGAUAAAAACCAUAUUUAUAUUCAAAUGUAGGAACUGGAUUCUACAGUUUGAACCCCUGCUGUCUCUGGCUCCACACCCACCUGCCCGGCCAUCUAGAUGUGUAUAAGCUAAUGAUCCAUCAUGUAUGACAUUCCUGGGAGUGUGCAAACUUACAUUUUGUAUUACUGUAUCAUUUGUAUGUUCUCUAUAGUUAUGUACUUGAAAAUGUAUCAAUAGACCAAUUCGGCACAUUUGGGCAGACUUGAUACAAAUUAGUCCAGCAUUGCAAUGCUUCACUGGAUCAAUCUGAAACUUUGCACACACACUGCUGCCAUCUAGAGGCCAAAAUCUAAAUUGAGCCUAAACUGCAAUAUUAUAUUGUGGCCUUUCUCUUGUAUUUCAAAGAUGAUGAAAAAAUAGAAAACACAUGUUCUUUUGUUUGUAUUGUCUUUCACCAGAUCCAAUGUGUUAUAUUCUCCUACAUUAAUUUCAUAUUUCCACAAACGUCAAUGUUUCCUUUCAAAUGGUAUCAAUAAUAUGCAUAUCCUUGCUUCAGGUCCUGAGCUACAGGUAGUUAGAUUUGGGUAUGUCAUUUUAGGCGAAAAAUUGAAAAAAAGGGUCAGAUCCUUAAGAGGUUAAAGAUCGAGUUUUGACGUCUGUUCGAGUACUCGAUUACUCAUGCCCAUCCCUAGUUUACAGUGUGUAGACUUUAGAAAGAGUUGAACUUGUUGUAUACAUGCUUAAUCCCAGUCUGUUAUCUUCAGCCGCGAUGAGAUCAAAACAAAGUGGAGUGUAUCAGAUUUCAUCAAGGCCUUCAUCAAGUUCCACGGUCACGUUUACCUGAGCAAGAGUUUGGAGAAGCUCAACAACCUGAGGGAGAAGCUGGAAGAGCAGUUUCAGGUAAAGAUUUAAAGUAAAAAGUAAAGUUUAAAUCCUUGCAUACUUUGUGAAGGUGAACUAAGAAUCGAGCAGUCUUGGAUAUGUCCUUCUCUGAGUCUUUGCAGUACUGCACUAAACAAGCUAUGGGCUGGUUUCCCAGACACUGAUUAAGCCUAGUCCUGGACUACAAAGCAUUAUCAAUGGAGAAUCUACAUUGAAAUAGCUUUUUAGUCCAGGACUAGGCUUAAACAGUGUCUGAACCUACCCCAAUUCCAUACAGUGGGGGGAAAAAAGUAUUUAGUCAGCCACCAAUUGUGCAAGUUCUCCCACUUAAAAAGAUGAGAGAGGCCUGUAAUUUUCAUCAUAGGUACACGUCAACUAUAACAGACAAAUUGAGAAAAGAAAUUCCAGAAAAUCACGUUGUAGGAUUUUUAAUGAAUUUAUUUGCAAAUUAUGGUGGAAAAUAAGUAUUUGGUCAAUAACAAAAGUUUCUCAAUACUUUGUUAUAUACCCUUUGUUGGCAAUGACACAGGUCAAACAUUUUCUGUAAGUCUUCACAAGGUUUUCACACACUGUUGCUGGUAUUUUGGCCCAUUCCUCCAUGCAGAUCUCCUCUAGAGCAGUGAUGUUUUGGGGCUGUCGCUGGGCAACACGGACCUUCAGCUCCCUCCAAAGAUUUUCUAUGGGGUUGAGAUCUGGAGACUGGCUAGGCCACUCCAGGACCUUGAAAUGCUUCUUACGAAGCCACUCCUUCGUUGCCCGGCGGUGUGUUUGGGAUCAUUGUCAUGCUGAAAGACCCAGCCACGUUUCAUCUUCAAUGCCCUUGCUGAUGGAAGGAGGUUUUCACUCAAAAUCUCACGAUACAUGGCCCCAUUCAUUCUUUCCUUUACACGGAUCAGUCGACCUGGUCCCUUUGCAGAAAAACAGCCCCAAAGCAUGAUGUUUCCACCCCCAUGCUUCACAGUAGGUAUGGUGUUCUUUGGAUGCAACUCAGCAUUCUUUGUCCUCCAAACACGACGAGUUGAGUUUUUACCAAAAAGUUAUAUUUUGGUUUCAUCUGACCAUAUGACAUUCUCCCAAUCCUCUUCUGGAUCAUCCAAAUGCACUCUAGCAAACUUCAGACGGGCCUGGCUUAAGCAGGGGGACACGUCUGGCACUGCAGGAUUUGAGUCCCUGGCGGCGUAGUGUGUUACUGAUGGUAGGCUUUGUUACUUUGGUCCCAGCUCUCUGCAGGUCAUUCACUAGGUCCCCCCGUGUGGUUCUGUGAUUUUUGCUCACCGUUCUUGUGAUCAUUUUGACCCCACGGGGUGAGAUCUUGCGUGGAGCCCCAGAUCGAGGGAGAUUAUCAGUGGUCUUGUAUGUCUUCCAUUUCCUAAUAAUUGCUCCCACAGUUGAUUUCUUCAAACCAAGCUGCUUACCUAUUGCAGAUUCAGUCUUCCCAGCCUGGUGCAGGUCUACAAUUUUGUUUCUGGUGUCCUUUGACAGCUCUUUGGUCUUGGCCAUAGUGGAGUUUGGAGUGUGACUGUUUGAGGUUGUGGACAGGUGUCUUUUAUACUGAUAACAAGUUCAAACAGGUGCCAUUAAUACAGGUAACGAGUGGAGGACAGAGGAGCCUCUUAAAGAAGAAGUUACAGGUCUGUGAGAGCCAGAAAUCUUGUUUGUUUGUAGGUGACCAAAUACUUAUUUUCCACCAUAAUUUGCAAAUAAAUUCAUUAAAAAUCCUACAAUGUGAUUUUCUGGAUUUUUAUUUCUCAUUUUGUCUGUCAUAGUUGACGUGUACCUAUGAUGAAAAUUACAGGCCUCUCUCAUCUUUUUAAGUGGGAGAACUUGCACAAUUGGUGGCUGACUAAAUACUUUUUUUCCCCACUCUAUAUAAAAAUAGCUUAAAUUUUUAUUUUUUAUUUUUUUGCAGAGGCUGAUUCUACAGAAAGCCUUCAGCUCCCAGCAGCUGGUCCACAUCACGAUUAUUAACCUGUUUGAGCUGCACCAACUGAGGGACUUUGGCAACGAAGCAGACAACCUGAGCUUCAGCUCCGACGAUCAAAUCGGCUGGUUCCAACUUCUCGGCCUCUUCAGUAUGUCCCCAACUCCAAUUGUCUCUCAAUAUGCAUAAGACAAUUCACCUUGUGGUUGACAUGCCUGUUCGUGGUUAUGCAGUUUUUAGUUUGUGUUACUUUCUAUAUUUAAAUAUCUGGAAGUACUGAUAAUGGAUUUGACAACAUCCAUCUUAGAUUUAAUUGUAUCAACUGCAGGGUGCUUUCUCAAGGCCCCACUAGCAGGUUAUCUCAAGAACGCUUUCCCCAACCUCAUACUCUUUCAGAUGUCACCACUCUUUGUCGAAUUAGCAUGACAGAAUUUGAAUUAUUCAAGGAGCCAGGUUACUUGUGGUGGUAUUUUAUUGCCCUCUUCCUUUCACACAGUGUCAUUUCUGGGUAUCAUGUGUAGCCAAGCAUUACUGAAUAAGAACCGAGGAGAGGAGAUCAUGGGAGAAUGUCCACUGCCGGCCAUCAAGGUGUCUCUGGACUGGCUCAAACUGCGAUCCACAGUUUUUCAGGACAGUGCUGUGGACAAACGACAGUAGUAUGUUUUUCUCUUUCAAUGUCAACGUUUGCCCUCCAGGUGUCAUGUUUUAGUUUAAUAUAUUCUGCUUGUCUGGUGUUGUUUACUCGUUUUGGACCCUUUCUUUUAGAUUUUAGCAAUAGCAGAAAUACUUUUGAAUGUGUUUUUGUAUUGUCUGCAUUUUAGUUAAGAUUUUGCUCUUAUUUUACCUCAGUGUUUGGCCUUGGCUGGUGUCCAUUCUGAACAGUUUCCAACCGAAGGAAGAUGAUGUUUCCUAUGCAUCAAGUAAUGCCCAUUUGAAAUCUCUGCUUUGAUACUCUGCUCAUUCUUGGUUAGAGCUCUAAUUUUGUGGAUGAACUCUAAUUUUUUGAUUGUCUCUAUAUAAUAUCCCUUAUUUGUUUUCCAGUGACUCCACUUCCAGAAGAGUUUGAACUGCAGGGGUUUCUGGCUCUCCGGCCAGCUCUACGGUACAUACAGUACUUACCCUUUUUGUCUCAGCCUGUCUUCCAUAUAGACUGGUUGUGUGCAUAGCAUGUUCCAUGUUCUCUUGUAUGAACCCUGGUCUGUUUUGGUAUACCCCUUUCCCAGGACCCUUGACUUCACUAAAGGCCACCAGGGCGUUGCUGUGGACAAGGAAGGUCUGCCAGUCCGUGCCCGUCACCAGAGGCUCAUCAGCCUGGGGAAAUGGGUGGCAGACAACCAGCCAGGGUGAGUCUUCAACUAUCUACCCACUGUUUUAAAGACUUAUGAACUACCACAUCCGUACCACCAAUAUAAAAGUUUCUAUCUUUGAAAAAUGGCAUGCUUUUCAAAGAUGCGACAGAGUCUCUCUCUACCUUCGCACUGCUGUUUUACUACUGACUUAUUAGGCAUUUUCACACUGCACCUUAGCCCUGGGCAAAGGGAGAUUUUAGCCCAGAGCCAAGCGAGUGUUCACACUUGCACAUUCUAAAGUGGGCUAGCACUGACCUUAGGCCAGGGCUAGCUGGCCCUGCUCCGGAGCAGGGUUAGCACCGACUUUUCGGGGCUAGCCCCAGAAACACGGUGCCAAAAUAGCCAGUGUGAAACGGGGUCAAGAACAACGCAUAGAGUUUUCACUGUCCAAUCACAAAAGCUGCACUUCCACAUAAUUUGCAUAUGCCUGUGAUGCGUUCUGCACAGUAUUUUAAUAAGUAAAUGUAUACUAUUUCAUCCUCAUCUGAGGACAAAAACCUGACAAAAUAAUUUAGUGAAAAAACAUUGGUUGCUAUGGCUAACAAAAAUGGUUGCUAUGCAGGCUGGCUAACGUCUGCUCACUUAGCUACUGUUACACGACUCCAGGAUUUUUGGAGUCGACUCCGACUCCUGUGGUUGGAGUCGUAGGGGUCGACUAUUGCUCGACUACCAAAAUGCGCUGAAACGGAUGCGUACACACCACCUCAUUAUUGCAGAGUCCUACUAGGAAGACAUUUGCCUUCUAGAGGACUGACAUGAGCAUGAUCUUGCCCAUUUGCUCAGCAACUUAGCCUAUAUAGCCUAUAAAAUGCCUAUUUUGUUUGAAUAUACAAGGUGAUGUGUAGGAACUAGUAUACUUUAAUAUACUUUUGGUGAAUUUACGAGGCAUCGCUAGACAAGACAUUGCGAGAUGCAGGUAACCAAGAUAUGCGCACUGUUUCCGACCGUCUGCCUGCCCCGAUCCUCUCUCCCUCGCUGUCUCGCCUGCUCUUUGUCUUUGCUAUGAAAAACGCUGGUGUGUGUUCGGUCUUCGGUCUGUUGCGUGUAGAAUAGCUUAGCCUACUUUAGUGAACUUUCACGAGACAUUGCCUACAUCUUUUGAUUAUCGAUGCACAGUUCUGACUGUCUGCAUGGUGACCAACAUGCCUAGUGCCUACCUAUGCCUGGCUGUGCCCCUCCCAUCUCUCCCUCCCACGCUAGCUCGCUCUUUCUUUGCUGUGAAUGAUGCGAGAGUUUGUUCUCGAAGUAGACUGGCAAGUAGUUUCCUCCAUUGCAAAAAUACUGAAUCUUAGGAGUCGAUUCCUAGGGAAAUUGACGCUUGACAACCAGAAAUGGGAGUCGAUGCCGGGAGUCGACGAGCAAGGAGUCGAGGAUUCGACUCCCAACCACUAGUUAACAAAUGCUUGUGUGAACACAGGAUAAGCUAGCCCAGGGCCAGUCUUAGCCUGGGGCUAAGAUAGCCCAGGACUAAGAACAAUGCAGUGUGAAAAGGCCUAUUAUGAACUAAACUACCACGUGCCAAUAUAUCAGUAGUUUCCAUCUUACUUUGAAUAGCCUACAAGAUGCAACAUUAUGUGACAAUGCCUGUGGGUGUGCUGUGUAUUCCAGGCUGAUUCAGUACAAAUUCAGCGAUGGUCUGCUGUUGUUCAUCACUGACAUUGAGGAGCUGGACAUCGAGGAGCCCCAGGAGAAGGAUGCCCCGGUGCUCCAGGAGUCCUCCAAUGGAGAGCAGACCCCCAACGAGGGCAACAUGGGCCUGAAGUCAGUCCUGUCCAAUGGCAAGACCCAGAACAGCGUGUUGGAGAUCUGCGAGAGACCCGUGGUGACCUUCAAGGAGAACAUCAAGCCCCAGGAGCAGAGCAGGGAGCCCAGCCGCAACCAGCACCAGAAGGAGGCAGGGAAGGAACGGAGGGACUUCGGCAAAGGCAACGGAGUGCUGGGAAAAGGAGAGCAAAAGAGGGACGGCAAGAGGAAGAGUGAAGUGAAGAAGAACAGCCAUGAGAAGGCUGCAGACGCAGGGAAACAGGUCAAACUAAUGCAUUGUUUUUCUUUCUAAAGUUGGGAUCUAUCCUGUGAUUGUAUGUAUGUGUGCGUCCGAAAUGGCACCCUAUUCCCUAUAUAGUGCAUCACUUUUGACCAGAGCCCUAUGGGAUCCAUUUAGGACGCAGACAUGUUUACUGGGGUUUUUGCUACCUUACUGACCCAGAGUUUGUGUCUUGGUGCAGGUGAAAGCCCAGCUGGAGAUGAGGACACCAGUGUCUGAGGCCAGAAAGACUCCAGUCCCUCAGACCCAGACUACCUGCUCCUCCCAGUUCAUCCCUAUCCACCACCCGGGAGCCUUCCCUCCUCUGCCCAGCCGACCAGGUACCAGCACCACCUCUCACAGUGAUCAUAAUACCUAGAUUGAACAGUUUUAGAUCUAAGAGUAGCGAAUAACCCUCUUAUGUUUUAUGUGUAAACUGUUCGCAGUUCAAUUGUAUUCUGCCAUGUAAAUUCAUUAAACUAACUUGAUCUUGAACUUUUCAGGUUUCCCCCCUCCGGCCUAUGUGAUCCCUCCUCCCGUGGCAUUCUCCAUGAACCCCGGCUUCACCUUCUCUACGGGCAUGUCUGUCUCCGGGCCGUUCCUACAGCCGGCCUCCCAGCCCCAGCAGCCUGGCGCCCAACAGGUAAAGGGAGAGAUUCUGCUCAACUCUAAGGGCAAGAUUCCCAGACACAGAUUAAACCUAAUCCUGCACUCAAAAGCAUUUUCAGUGGAGAAUCUGUAGGUUGAAUCUGUCUGGGAAACUGGCCAUAUAUACCCUUGUGUAAACAAAUGAAUGUGUGAUUGGAACCAAAAAAACAAUCACACAAAAAAAUUAUUGACCACUUUUUUUAUGGGACCCAGCAGGUCCAAGUCCAGGCCGGGAAGCCGUCGCACAUUCCAUACAGCCAGCAGAGGCCAGCAGGGCCGGGGGCCAUGAACCAGGGGCCCCCCCAGGGCCAACAGGGUCCUCCCCAGCAGCAGCCCUCACAGGCCCAGCAGGCCAUGCAGCAGUCGGUGCAGCUCCAGGCUCUGGCCCAACAACAACAACAGCAGCAGUCGCCCACCAAGCCUGUGCAGCCAGUACAGCUGGGCAAAAGCCCACCUCACCAUCCAGGGAUGCAUCAGGUAAAUUAUAGAUCACAAUAGUUCUGGACUGGAAAGAGACAGCAUCGUUCAGUCUCUUGAUAGGAACAUUUGUUAUUUACAGGAGUGAUAUUGUUCUACUGUAAAGUGUGUUGUGAUUUUAAAUGCACUUCAAAGAAAUGCAUGAGCUUGUCUAUUAUAGAGGCAGCUAUGCUGUUUUGCAUUGCAAAGGGAGAUGUAUGACAGGUGUCCUGUUUUCCUGCUGACCAACAGUACAUGCAGGUUGACCAGGCUGGCCAGAUGUGGGGCCAGCACCAGGGCCAGCCCACCAUGCAGAAGAUGCAGGCCAUGCAGGUGCCCGUCAAGCAGCCCUACUACGGCAUGCCACCCCAGGACCCCCUGAAGCUCUUCGAGCAACACCCCAUGCAAACGGCUGGGCAGAUGCCCAUGCAGCCACCACAGCAGCAGAACAGCUUGGACAAGAAGAUGAAGUACCCGGAUGUGAAAAUGCAGGAUUUUUACUGGGAGCCUCCCUACCGCAUGGGGGAUAACAGACAGAUGGUGGGGGAGAGGAUGGGCAUAAGGCCGCCCCCAGGGGUCUUCCACCCAGACCAGGACAACUCACCCAGAGGACCUCCCUUUGAGGUGAGUGUUGUUGAACUCCUCAACCAUAGAUAUAGAACACUAGAUAGAUGAUAUACUAGGCUGAUAUAUUGUCUAUGUCCUCAACCACCUAGACCUAGAACUGUGAAUGAGGGAAUAGAGAGUUUAAGGAGAAGAGGUGGGUUGUAGAUGGAUGGGGCUGUAGAUAGAUGGGGUUCUUUUUAUGCUCUUUAUUUUCUAUUUCUUUAUUUUUCCCUCUUGUUCUUCCUAACACUUCUUUAGUGCAUUUGCAAUUGGAUAUGUAUGGUAUUUAAUUGUCACAUGUUAUUGGAAUGUUUCUGUAGGUAUCUUGACUCUAAAUGUAAGCAAACCUAUUGGAUGGGAGUCCAUUGGGUCUGUGACUCCCUCCCUCAGAGAAACAUAUAAAAAUUAGGUUUGAAGUCCUGGGGUUUGUGGCAGAUACUGUCAGUCUAUCUUUUUGUGGACUGUUGGACUAACGUAUGUAGGCUUUGGAAAGUCCAGCUGUAAGUCCAAGGCUCUACCAUUCCUUACUGGACCCCAUGAUAGAUGAAGUCAACAAUGUAGGAUUAUAAGAUCUGUUAUUGGACUGAGCAAACUUGUUGUUUGAUAGAGUAGCCAAUGGGGAGCCAUGUUGUUCUUAUGUUAUGCAUUACAUAAUGCUCUGCCAUCACAUUGACUUGGCACUAGAGGAGGUUCCUCCCACCUUCUGUUUUGGCCUCAUUUCCUAAUUAUCAAGGUGAUCGACUUGUAUAGGAAGGAAUUUGAAUGUUGAAAUAAUAUAUGGUUGAAAGAUCAGUCACCAGCCUCUGUUAUAUUAGUGUCAAAUAUUUUUAUGCUUGUAACAACUCCAACUGGAAUGUAUGGGCUUAUGUGGCAUAACCAUGCCUUUGGUAACCUAGCGUGAGGACAGGGCUUGAUUUAAAGUCUUCUAUAUCUUUGGGAAACUAGGCCUAUCUUUUUACUACCUUUACGGGCUUCUCUUUACUACCUUUACGGGCUUCUCUUUACUACCUUUACGGGCUUCUCUUUACUACCUUUACAGGCUUCUCUUUACUACCUUUACGGGCUUUAUCUUUGAAAAACGUAUCCCUUUGCCAACCUAUUUCUUACUGGCUUACCUUUGUUUUCUUUUAUUUUUUUCUCCCCUCCUUUUUGCUUCAUUCUCUCACUAGGACAACAAGAGCUCCCCUCUUCUGCCUCCAGACCUUUUAAAAAGUCUAUCAAAUUUUGAGGAGGAGGAAGAGCUGCUCUUUACUAAGCCUCAUGGUUUCUACCAGGCCUUGGCGAGUCCUCUUAGCACUGCUCCAGGACGAAACAUAUUUGUAUGUAGUCUACUUUGCUUAACUUAAUCCUCCUGGCUUAACAGCAUGUUAAACAUCAGGUCCCGUAUUCAGAAAGUGUGCUGAUCAGUUUGACCUUUUUAGAUCAUAAUGAGUAAGAUUACAUGGACAGGGGUGGACCUGAUCCUAGAUCAGCCCUCCUACUCUGAGACACUUUAUGAAUACAGGCCCAGAUUCACCUUCACAUAGUCUGUGAUGUGAGUAGAAUACAUGAGUGGUAGGGAGAUAUGGCUCAUUAAAAUACUGUAAGGCUCAUACUUUGAAUAAGAGGGCAGUAUAUGUAAAUAUGUUUUCCAGGCUAGUGUUGAUAGAAUUGGUUGGUGUUGUUCCUUAUUCUAUGUUAACAGAAGUCAACCCAAUAUUUCGACCUGUCAGAACAGUCAUUGUGCUUUUGGAAGAUGAGGCUAAACGUUGUGUAUGUUGCAUGUUGUAGGCUAUGCCUACAUUGUACACUAUAAGAGAAACAGACAGUUUGGACAUGAUCAGGUUGAACAUAUACUGUAACUGGGAUUAAAUUAUACAUUUUCCAACAUAUUGCGUAAAUUCCAUCCCUAUCAGUAUUCAUAGCAAACAUACAAACACCUGCAGCGUCGACUAGGGAAAAUGUGCAGAUGGAAUAAAUAUGACAUUUAUCAGAAGGCGAUUACUAAACACAACUUUCUAUCUGAUACCGUUUUCCCCAACCUUUUCCUGUAGUUGACAAAUCAGUCCAGAAUGGAGAGUGGUCCUGAAGUGAUGGGCCAGUCGUCUUCUCUCAUGCACUUAUCUGGGUUCCCAAUUCAGGUCAGUAUUUAUGCAUGGAAAAAUCCACUCUUCAAAGGCCUGCCGCCAGACUUGUUUUGACUGCUGUGUGCGGGAAGGAAUGUAGACUGCAUCUCACAGGCAGUGGUUUGAUUAAGGCUACUCUGUGAGCCCUUUGUUGCUGCAGACUCACAGAGCGUCUAUAAUGAUGUUUGCUCAUAAAUCCCAGUUGCGUUUUAUAUGCCAUGUUUAAUGUUGUAAACCAAAGGGGUAUGACUGACAUUUGAUAAUAUGUCAGUCAUAAAGCUGUGUUUUCUUGGUAUAUAUAUUUUUAGGAGAGUUCCUAUCAAAACAACAGCAUUUUCAGCCAGGCGUAUGGGAAAAACAUGGCUGCCAACCCCAAGCCUGAUGCUCCCAUGCUGCACCAGGAACCUUCUCUGUACUCCCUGUUUGAAGGAACUCCAUGGUCCCCGUCCCUUCCCGCCAGCUCAGGUACCUGCCUCCUCUCCUCUUCCCCGUUUUUCACACCAAACUGACCAUAAACAUCACAACAGCUCCCCUGUUAAUGUUAAAUAACACGCUUAGCAUCUGAAAGGGUUGAUAUUUCAAUAUAAUCACAAUGAAAACCAUUUAAUAAAGGCAGACAUUCUCAGUUAGAAAUUAGGACAUUAUAUUUAUUUCAUUAUAAUUACAUAAUUAUAUUUCUCCAUUUCCAUAACAGACCACUCUACACCAGCAAGCCAGUCCCCCCACUCUUCCAACCCAAGCAGUUUACCCUCUUCUCCACCCACACACAACCACGGCUCUAUCCCCUUCUCUAACUUCGGCCCCAUAGGAACACCCGACAGCCGAGACAGGAGGAUGGUCGACCGCUGGAAGGUGGAAAAGACGGGUUAGUCAACCUCUUAAAUCUAAAUAUAUAAAUUCUAACCCGCCCCUCUACCACUUAUACCCACUGAAUUAUUUGAAUGUCAUAUUAAUGUUAGUAUUGAUUUAUUUUCAUUUUCGUAUAACGACUUUUCUAGACAUUUUGUGAAGUUAUUGCUAAAUCAUGGUGUUUUAUAUAAUGAAAACUUCUGUUUUUGUCCAGGAGCUGUGAGUGGGUUUGGUUUGGACUACCUGCCUGCUGUGUCAUCCUCUUCAGAUCAUCGAGCCCCUGAGAACAGCUGGCACCAGGGGAAUGCCCCUAGCAGCUCCUGGGCGGCCCAGGAGUCGCCCAUGGAAGACUCCUCCACUGUGCUCCUUGACAGCCUGAAGGUACCACGCGAUACGAUACACACAAACAGAAUUGCAUGCAAUGUAACUUUGAUUGCCACUAAUAUUACAAUAGUAUUGGAACUACUUGAUACUAGUUUAGAUGUGUAAGGUUUAGCUACUGUUAGUUACACUAGACUAGUUGACUAGGAUGAUGGAUCAUCAGGUGCAUUGAGAUACAGUAUUCUUCUAUCUAUCUCUGUGCUCCCCAGUCCAUUUGGUCCAGCUCCAUGAUGCAGCCGGGGCCGUCGGCCCUGGAGCAGCUCCUCAUGCAGCAGAAGCAGAAGCAGCAGAGGGGCCACGGCACCAUGAACCCACCACAC